AUGGCCGCCCCUUUGUUACGUUUACCACGGACCGUUUUUAAGAAAAAUCAAUUUCAGUACAAACAAGUUUCAGUUUUUCUGUUUGUGAAUCAUUUUUCAGGCAUCAAGUCUUUUCAUACAAGGCCGCAAAAGCAACGAACUUUCAAUAAGAACACUAAAGAAAUUCUAGCCUAUACGUUUCUUUUUUCUGGACUCAGUUACAUUUGGUACAAUUUGAGAAAUGAUUCCGAUAAUGGGAAUAGAAAACAAUUUAGUCUUACACCCAAAGUGGCAGCAAAAUCGAUUAAUGUACUGGAUAUUAAUCAUAACAGAGAUAAAUACAAUUUCAUAGCUGAUGUAGUAGAGAUAUCGGCCCCUUCUGUGGUGUACAUUGAAAUCAAGGAUAAUAAAAGAUUCGAUUAUUUUACAGGCAAACCAAUUACUGCUAGUAAUGGGUCUGGUUUCGUUGUCCAAUCUGAUGGUUUAAUCUUAACAAAUGCACAUGUUGUUGUCAAUAAGCCAAACACUACUGUCAAGGUACGCCUUUAUGAUGGAAAUACUUAUACUGGCAUUGUGGAAGAUGUUGAUAUGCACAGCGAUCUUGCCACUGUGCGAAUUAACAAGACUAAUCUACCAGUAAUGAAACUUGGUAAUUCAUCUAAUAUCAGACCAGGUGAAUUUGUAGUUGCUAUUGGAUCUCCAUUAGCUUUAAGCAACACAAUAACAAGUGGUGUUGUAAGCAGUGUAAACAGGCAAAGCGAAGAACUUGGUUUAUAUAAUAAACAAAUGGGAUACAUCCAAACAGAUGCUGCAAUUACUUUUGGAAAUUCAGGUGGACCCUUAGUUAAUUUAAAUGGGGAAGCAAUCGGUAUAAAUGCAAUGAAAGUAACACCUGGAAUUUCGUUCGCAAUACCUAUAGAUCAUGCUAAAGAAUUUCUGAAGAAGGCAGAUAUGCGUCGAAAGAGUAAAGGUACACAUAGUUCACUCACCAUUCCUAAGAAUCGAUACUUAGGAGUGACCAUGCUCUCUCUCACGCCUAAUCUACUUUUCGAACUGCAACAGAGACUCGAAGGAAUUCCACAGAACAUCAGGCAUGGGGUUCUAAUUUGCAAAGUGAUUGUCGGAUCGCCGGCUCACUUAGGUGGCCUGCAAUCCGGUGACAUCAUAACGCACGUGAACGACGAACCAGUAUUGAACGCUCUAAACAUUUACAAAGCAAUCGAGACGUCGAAAGAUCUGAAGCUGACCGUCGUGCGAGGUGUACAAGUGUUACAGUUAAGAAUCGAACCGGAGGACACGUGAAACAAUAAUAUCGGUGUUUCGUCAUUAUAAAAAAA